AUGUUUGUGCUAGCACUGUACCAAUCCGGAACAUCUCUGGGCAAUAUGGAAAAUCUCUACACAUCACCCGCAGACGAAAUAAUUUCUUGGCCUGGUCGCCGGUCUUUCCGUUUCGGGAAUGUCCGCACAGGCGUUCCGGUUACUCGAACUUUCCACUUUUCCAUUUUUCUUACUUGUUUUUGCCACCUCACGUCACUUUGCCUAGAAUUCAUUUACGUAUUGCUUAGCAGCUUGCUUUUCUUUUUCUCGCGAUUCCACGCUCCGAUUCUUUCCGGGACUCGGCCCAAUGUCCUCCGAAUAAUUUCCCCAAGAAUAAGGCUGUUUCCGGGUUGUUUCCCUAAUCUUUCCAUCACCAUGCUACUCUGGGACCCACACAGGCAAAUGGGCUUGCAUUUUUCGCAUUCUCUAUUACAACUUUUACAUCGAGGCCAGACCUGUUGCCGGAACAGCGUGCUCCGGGGAACUCAAGCUUAUUACCUGGCAACCUUAUUGUAUGGAUCUACUAUAACAUCAUCUACGAUCAUCUGA